GGGCGGGGGCGGUGCUUUGUGUGCGGCCCGCGGGGCGCGCGGCGGUGUGGGCGUGCCACGGGCGGCGGGCGCCGCGGUCGGACGGGCGGGCGCGCGGCAGCAUGGAGGAGCUGAGCAGCCUGGGCGAGCAGGUCUUCGCCGCCGAGUGCAUCCUGAGCAAGCGGCUCCGCAAGGGCAAGCUGGAGUACCUGGUCAAGUGGCGCGGCUGGUCCUCCAAGGAACACGAGAAGGAGGUGCAGAACCGGAAGAGAGGCAAGAGGCCGAGGGGCCGGCCGAGGAAGCUCACUGCCAUGUCCUGCAGCCGGCGUGCCAAGCUCAAGGAACCCGAUGCUCCCUCCAAAUCCAAGUCUAGCAGUUCCUCCUUCUCCACGUCGUCGUCCUCUUCCUCAGAUGAAGAGGAUGACAGUGACUUAGAUGCCAAGAGGGGUCCCCGGGGCCGGGAGACCCACCCAGUGCCUCAGAAGAAGGCCCAGAUCCUGGUGGCCAAACCCGAGCUGAAGGACCCCAUCCGGAAGAAACGAGGCCACAAGCCCCUGCCUCCGGAGCAGAAGGCAACCCGGAGACCCGUGAGCCUGGCCAAGGUGCUGAAGACAGCCCGGAAGGACCUGGGGGCCCCGGCCAGCAAGCUGCCCCCUCCACUCAGCGCCCCCGUGGCAGGCCUGGCAGCUCUGAAGGCCCAUGCCAAGGAGGCCUGCAGCAGCCCAAGCACCAUGGCCACCCCAGAGAACCUGGCCAGCUUGAUGAAGGGCAUGGCCAGCAGCCCCGGCCGCGGUGGCAUCAGCUGGCAGAGCUCCAUCGUGCACUACAUGAACCGAAUGACCCAGAGCCAGGCUCAGGCUGCCAGCAGGUUGGCACUCAAGGCCCAGGCCACCAACAAGUAUGGCCUCGGGCUGGACCUGAAGGUGAGGACGCAGAAAGGGGAGCUGGGAAUGAGCCCUCCAGGAAGCAAAAUCCCAAAGGCCCCCAGUAGCGGGGCUGUCGAGCAGAAAGCCGGGAGCACUGGGGGGCCCCCACACACCCAUGGCGCCAGCAGGAUCCCUGCCGGGUGCCCAGGCCCCCAGCCAGCCCCCACCCAGGAGCUGAGCUUCCAGAUCUUAGACUUACAGAGUGUCAAGAAUGGCAUGCCUGGGGCGGGUCUGCUCGCCCGCCACGCCACCGCCACCAAGGGUGUCCCGGCCACCAACCCAGCCCCUGGGAAGGGCACUGGGGGUGGCUCCAUCGGGGGCAGCGGGGCCACCAUGCCCACCGACACCAGCAAAAGUGAGAAGCUGGCUUCCAGAGCAGCGGCGCUGCCCACCCCUGCCGGCAAGAGGGACUGUGUCAAGGGCAGUGCCACCCCCAGUGGGAAGGAGAGCCUCUCGGCCCCCGGAGAAGCCCUCAAGGCGGCCGCGCUGCCCGAGAUGAGUGCAGGCGAGGAAAGCAGCAGCUCUGACUCCGACCCUGACUCCACCUCACCGCCCAGCGCCGGGCAGAACCCGUCAGUGUCGGUUUGGACCAGCCAGGACUGGAAGCCCCCCCGCAGCCUCAUCGAGCACGUCUUUGUCACCGACGUCACCGCCAACCUCAUCACCGUCACAGUGAAGGAGUCUCCCACCAGCGUGGGCUUCUUCAACCUGAGGCAUUACUGAA